AUGGGUAUCACUCCACCAGACACAGCGGUGGGGGGGUCCCCUCCCUUUCCUUGCUGUUAUACAGGGGUUAAGACCUUCUUGCGGAUACGUCCCCCCUCCCCAUUACCCUCUGGGUCCCCUAGGGGCCCUGGCUGCCUGGCAUUGUGGUCCCCAUACCCUGUGCCCCUCCCACAGCAUUCGCGGGGGCCCCCAGUGGAGGCCCGCAUUGGAGGGCCCCGCGCAGGGGGGCCCCCAAGGAAGCCUUUACUGACUAUUGAAGCCCCUGAAACAAAAGAAUCUAUUGAGGGUACAGCAACACAUAUAGGGGUAUUGGGGCCCUCCUUAACACCUGCUGCUGCUUGCACUGAUAAGCAGCAGCAGCCGCAGCAGCAGCAGAAGCAGCAACAACAGCAGCAACAGCAGCAGCAGCAACAACAGGGCUUCAAGGGUCUCCAUUCUCUCGCCUCUGGAAGAAGCAGGGCCCAUACCUCCUCAAUAGAGCAGACAAAUGGGGGCCCCUCCCUUAAAGAUAAUUCCCCUUUAUCCCCCCUCACGAAGGAGGCCCCCCGAGAAGCACGAGCCGCUGCAGUUGUGCUGCUGCCCCCCGCGGUACCCCAUCGGGGGCCAACAGGGGCCCCUGGGGGGCCCCACUCCUUUACUGCAGAGCAGUUAGCCAAGACAGGUGUUAGAAGGGGUGGGGCCUCCCUCUCAGAUACUAGAAUGCCGUGGUGCCGCCGUACCCUCAAAUUGCAGCAGCGCCUCCCUAACAAUCAGGGGCCCCUAGGGGCCCCCAACGAGGCAGCAGCGAGGGGGCAGCAACAGAGACCUUUCGGGGGCCCCCUUGGAGGACUUCCUGAGGGGGCCCCCGAAGGGCCCCCUCCAUAUUCUUGCGGGGCCGCUUGGAGGGGAAAGGGGGGUGUGGGGCCCUUUAGGUUCUGUGGUGUGCUGCAGGAGGAUUCUUCACAAGAGUUGCUGUUUAAUACAGUAGGGAGGCCUGCAGCAGCAGCAGUGCUUAAUGGCGUCAGCGCAUGCAUUGCCGUACAUGGGGCCUCGGGAAGCGGAAAGACAUACACCAUGGUGGGGCCUCCAGGAUUCCUGACACACAGGCGCAGCAGCAGCAACAACAACAACCGUAGCAGCAACAGCAGCAGCAGCAGCAGUAGCGACAGCAGCAGCAGCAGCAGCAGCGACAGCAGCAAGGAGAAGUGGGGUCUUGCUUUGCGCACCUUGGAGUUUGUAAUGGAGGAAUUAAAAGAUCGGGGUGUACAGGGGGCCCCCUUUAGCAGCACUCAUGUAUUUGUCUCCUUUGCAGCUGUAGAGAUCUACUGCGGGAAGGUCCGUAGUCUCUUGGGGCCCCAAGGGGGCCCCCCUGAAGAUGCUGCACCAAAAGCACAGACAGCUGAGAAGCAGCAGCAGCAGCGGGGGGGGCCCAACAGUAUGCAGGGGUUCCUUGGGGCCCCAGGGGUCCCUGGGGCCCCUGGAUGCUUUUGGGUACGGGAAGCAAACAAGAAAGGUCCCCGUCUCUAUCUAUUGGACCUCGCGGGUGCCGAGCGGCAGCCUAUGGAGAGAUGGGGGCCCACCGUUGGGGGGGCCCCACUGAACCCUCAUGUAAAGGAGCAGACAAGGAGCCUCUUUGCUCAAGAGGCUUCUUCUAUAAGCAAAAGUCUUUCUUCCUUUAUGGCCGUCUUAACUGCCCUCGCUACACACUGCACUGCUGCAACACAGCAAAGUAGGGCUCAGGAGCCCCCUAAGCGGAGCCCCCCUUUGAGGGGCCCCCAAGGGGGCCCCUCCCUCUCGCUUAUACUCCACGGUGGGCCGCCAUCGAGGAGACCAGAGAGUACCCACUUAACAGGGGCCCCUACCAAGGAGACAGCCCCUGUAGAGGGGCUCCCAAGACAAACAAAUGGCAGCAGCAAAACUUCUGCUGCAGUAAUGAAGGGUACCACGUGCAGCAGCGUUGGGGCCCCCAGGGGCAACAUAGGGGCCCCCAGGGGCCCCCAUGUGCGCUUUAGAGAGUCUUGCCUAACAGUAGCCCUCAAAGAUGUCUUGGAUGGUUGCGGCCACGUCUCUUUGGUGUUCACUGUUAGCAGCAAGGAGGCAGAUAGGGGCCCCACCCUGCAGACCCUUCGUUUUGCUGCUCUCGCUAGCCGCUUGAGGCCCUUUUUUCUUGGAAAACGCCGCAGCAGCCUCAUCAGCAGCAGCAGCGGCAGCAGCAGGAGGGCCUCUGUAGCAGCAGCAAACCACGGAGCAGCGGCAGCAACACCAAAUGCAGCAGCAAAACACAAUGCAGUAGCAAAACAAACUGCAGCAGCAAAAGUUACCCACUGUGCGGCAGCAUCAGCAUCAGCAGCAACAGCAAAGCCGCGCGCUGCAGCAGAAGUACGGCGACCAGCAACAGCUGCCAAAAGCACAGCAGCAGCAGCAGCAGCAACAGAAGAAAGCCGAACAGCGCAUGCAGAACGCAAGGCAGUGCUCCCCCCCGUCAGAUUGAAGAUCGUCAGAGCCACAGCAGCAACAACAGCAGCAGCAGUAGCAACAGCAGCAGCAGGAGCAAGGAGAAGAUCUACAAUAAAGACCGGGGGCCCCCCUCCUUCUGCUUCCUUAAACUUCGUUUGCCUUAGUCGUGAUACAGCAGGGGGGCCCCCUAUGCGAAAGACAGAAGACGAUGAUCUUGUUAAGGGAGGCCCCCAUAAUCACAACGGCCAAACGAACCCCUGGGGGCCCCUGGGAGUCACCUGGGGGGCCCCCGUAGGGGCCCCCUUAGGGCCCCCGUUGGGUCCCCUCCAUGGCCGCUCGAGGGGCCCCCAGGAGAAGUUUAGUAAGGCUAACGGUAUUAUGAAUGGGGCCUCUCAGAAUGAGAAGAAAGAAGCAGUAAAUGCUGCUGCUGCUGCUGCUGCUACUACUACUCCUGCUGCAGCCGGUGCUGCUACAGCUGGUGCUGCUGCAGGUGGUGCUGCUGCUACCGCCGCCGCUGAUGGUAUUGUUAUUGAGGAACAAGUCCCCACUGUUAAAUUGUUGGGGCCCCUAGAGGGCCCCUUACUAAAGUGUUGGGGGCCCCCGCUGGGGAGGCCGGGGCCCCAACAUCCCCUGGUGGUAUGUGUGCUGCCUGAGUCUGCAGCAGUAGCUGCAGCUGCAGCUGCUGCUGCAGCAGACUCAGGCGGUUCCCAUCAGACGAGACUGCCUGCAAAAUAA